AGAUAGAUAGAGAUAGAGAACACUGGUGUAUAGAGAGCAGGAACUGGGAGUAAGAGUAGGGUGGAAUUCACACGGAAUAUUCAGCUGUACAUUUCGUUGGAUAUAUGUUUUCAUAAUAAUUAUUGCGACGUGGACACUGUUUCUCUUGUCUCAGAUGUGAUCGUGUUUUCAUCACAUCACUGCCCCCGGUGUCCAGUGAGUGACAACUACAGUGGAUAUUAUUUAACUCCGCUAGAACAGCCGUCAGUCAGCCUUCACUUUCGAGGUUUUGGAGUCGAUCAAUUACUUUAAUUGGAAAAUACAUUCCCAACAUGGCUAUGAAUCAAGAAAGGAAUAAACAGCUUAUAAUAAAGCUGUUGGAGAGACCGGGGAACGGGAGCUGCGUGGAUUGCGGAGCUGCAGACCCGGAGUGGGCGUCCUACACCCUGGGUGUGUUUGUGUGUCAGAGCUGCUCGGGUCUCCAUAGAAACAUCUCCCAGAUCAGCAAAGUCAAGUCUGUCCUGCUGGACCCAUGGAGUGAUGCAGAGGUAGAGUUCAUGGCGUCCAACGGCAACAAUGCUGCUAAAGCCAAAUAUGAACAGAAGGUGCCUGUUUUCUACUACCGUCCAACACACACAGACUGCCAGCUCCUUCGGGAACAGUGGAUCAGAGCCAGAUACGAGAGGAAGGAGUUUGUGUGUGUGGAGAGACAGGAGCCUUACUCUGCAGGGUACCGAGAGGGGUUUCUAUGGAAACGGGGCCGAGAUAACGGACAGUUCCUGAGUCGAAAAUGUAUUCUGUCAGAGCGGGAUGGUGCUCUGAAGUACUACAACAAGCAUGAUGCCAGAGAGCCCAAGGCUCUGAUGAAGAUUCACACCCUGAAUGCCUCCUUCCAGCCUGGGAAGAUCGGCCAGCCUCACGGCCUGCAGGUCACCUAUCUGAAGGACAACAGCACUAGGAACAUCUUUGUCUACCACAAGGAUGGCAAGGAAAUGGUGGACUGGUUCAACGCCAUCAGAGCAGCCAGAUUUCACUACCUACAGGUUGCUUUCCCUGGGGCCCAUCACGCUGAUUUGGUGCCAAAGCUGACACGAAACUACAUCAAGGAAGGCUACAUGGAGAAGACGGGUCCAAAGCACACAGAAGGCUUCAAGAAGAGAUGGUUCACUAUGGAUGACAGGAGACUCAUGUACUUCAAGGAUCCUCUGGAUGCCUAUGCGCGCGGUGAGGUGUUCAUUGGUAGUAAGGAGAACAGCUACAUUGUGCUCCCCGGCCUUCCCCCAUCCACCCAGGGCUACCACUGGCAGUUUGGCAUCACCAUAGUAACGCCCGACAGGAAGUUCCUGUUUACGUGCGAGACCGAAGAGGAGCAGCAGGAUUGGAUGGCUGCUUUUCAGGGUUUGGUGAAUCGACCAAUGCUGCCCCAGGAAUAUGCAGUGGAGGCCCACUUUAAGCACAAGCCCUGAGAGGAGGAGGAGAAGGAAAAAGAGGGAGGCUGGACUGGAGGCUGGACAUACCCCCUGGAUGAGGACAGACAAAUAGGAUCCUUCUCCUCAUAAUGAGAAAAAUCCCACCAAGUUGACUACAUACCCUUCAAUGGCGCUGCUAGUGCUGAGUGAUUAGUGCUUUUUGAGGUUGGUUCGGUUCCGGUUAGAUAAGAAAAUAAUCAAGUAUUUUUUACAUUAAAUGCACUAUUCAUAAUGUGGGUUGAAUACUGUAACAACACAGAAUAAAACAAAUUAAUAAAAUUUCCAUGAAGGUAGUGACUGCCCAUUACUGCUUACCACUUAAUACCCAUAAUUUAUUCACAUUACUUUAAUCAAAUAUUUCAGUUGUUGUGCAUUUACAUUUGUUUCAUUUUAUGACUUUAUUAUUUCAUUCCAAGUCAUCAUCUCAUCUCCAUAGAGCUGCUGCCUAUGCUCUCUGACAAAAUCACAAUUUUAGUAGUUCUUUAAAGUAAAUGAGGCAUAUUUUAUGACUGCUGAAUACCAGCUAACAAUCACUUAGAUCAUGUAUUUUCAGGUAGAGAUAUCUUGUGAAGCAACAGAUGCUCUCUAAAUCACCUCACAAUCACGCAUUCUUCUGUCUCUUCCAUAGCAAUUGAAAAGAAACACAGAUGGGACAAGUAGAUUCACAAUGGAUUAUGGUCACCACGUUAAACUAAUGUUGAAUAUUAGCCUUGUUGGAAACUACAACUCCCUACUAUAUUGCACAGUUCAGGCAGUAUGCAAUAUAUCUAGAGUUUCUAGAGAAACUGUGCAACCCAAACAAAAUGGAAUUCAAAUCAUUUAACCUCCGUCGGUCAAUUAGUUGUUCAAAAAACGAAAAAUAACCGACAUUUAGAUUAAUCGCUCAGCACUAGGCACUACACAUGCUAAAACAGAUUUUCUGGCAAGUGCACCCUCUAUUCAUCUCUAUGACCCUGCCUCAUGUAUCUCCAGACUCAGCUUUGUGCCAACUCCACCCUCUAUUCAUCUCUAUGACCCUGCCUCAUGUAUCUCCAGACUCAGCUUUGUGCCAACUCCACCCUCUAUUCAUCUCUAUGACCCUGCCUCAUGUAUCUCCAGACUCAGCUUUGUGCCAACUCCACCCUCUAUUCAUCUCUAUGACCCUGCCUCAUGUAUCUCCAGACUCAGCUUUGUGCCAACUCCACCCUCUAUUCAUCUCUAUGACCCUGCCUCAUGUAUCUCCAGACUCAGCUUUGUGCCAACUCCACCCUCUAUUCAUCUCUAUGACCCUGCCUCAUGUAUCUCCAGACUCAGCUUUGUGCCAACUCCACCCUCUAUUCAUCUCUAUGACCCUGCCUCAUGUAUCUCCAGACUCAGCUUUGUGCCAACUCCACCCUCUAUUCAUCUCUAUGACCCUGCCUCAUGUAUCUCCAGACUCAGCUUUGUGCCAACUCCACCCUCUAUUCAUCUCUAUGACCCUGCCUCAUGUAUCUCCAGACUCAGCUUUGUGCCAACUCCACCCUCUAUUCAUCUCUAUGACCCUGCCUCAUGUAUCUCCACCCUCUAUUCAUCUCUAUGACCCUGCCUCAUGUAUCUUCAGACUCAGCUUUGUGCCAACUCCACCCUCUAUUCAUCUCUAUGACCCUGCCUCAUGUAUCUCCAGACUCAGCUUUGUGACUCCACCCUCUUAGUCACUUUAUCUUUCCAUGUCGUUGGACUCAGGAGGACAUCUGAAAUGGCUCCCUAUUCCCUAUAAAACACCUUUAUAGGGCUCUGGUAGUAGUAGUACACUAUAGAGAAGAGGGGGCCAUUAAUCCAAAUCACCAUUAUUCACCAAGUACAUUUACACAUACCCAGAAUGUGCCUUGGUGCUGCCAGCAGUAGACAAUAUA